AUGUUCCGACAGCGCCCGCUCCUCCUAUUCUUUUUGGGGGCCCAGUUGUGGAAUCUUCUAUGUCACGGAGCGCCUACUACGGUAUCAUACGUCUACCGUGGCGAUAAAAGAUCGCCCGGAGAGAUCAAACGACUUGGAGGGUUUCUCCCGAAGGGCCAGACCAGCUUCGGACUUCAAACUACGGACAUUAGCCUCUUCAAUCACAUGAAAGGCACCCGUGACAUCAAGAGCCGAGACGAAGACGGAUACGUCUCUACUAGUACCAGCGAGAGGGUGGCAGCGACCUUCGUUUACGGGAAGGCUUCGGCCUUCGUUUAUAAGAUCCACGUCACCCCAAAUAUGAUCGACAUUGUUAGCACCCUUGGGAAAUAUGGCGACUUUGACGAGGAACUCGAGUUCGCGGCGUUGGGAGGCAUCAAGUAUGAACAGAUAGUCUCCUGGGGGCCAUUGAAAGGCUUUAAUCUCGGCAAGUCGACGAUGAACAAGGACUUUGACAAAAGAAAGUACGGCUCGGCGGUCGCCGGUGGUGUGCAAUAUCAGCUGGCUGGUUUCCCUCCAAACCACCAGGCUUGGCGUGAAGAGCCCUGGAAGAGUCAUAAGCCUAGUCAGGCCCUCGGACAAGGCGCUUCGAGCUGA